CUCCUCCUCGCCGCCACCACAAGUGUUCCUCCUCUCGCGUCUCUCCAGACCGACUUCUCUUGCUGCCUCCGCAUCUGCCCACACCUUUUUCAUUCUUGGUUCCUUGCCUCUUCAGAGUGCUCAUGUGUAUGGCGAGCUGGAGAGAGCAUAAGCGGCAAUAAGGAGGCUCUUUGCUCAUCCGUGGGCAAGGAGAGUGUGGUGGCGUGAGCACCUAUGCAUAAAGGGGAAAUCGGCAUGGGUAAAGGGGCGGAGAAGGAUCCGCUCAAUAGCAGACUGACUAUGAUCGAGGCUUCAAGCGGUCGGUCAUCUCUCCCUAGGAGCAAGAUUCAUGGAAGGUCAAGACCGUGCGACAUGUGAUCCAGGCCAUGGUGGUGGAAAAAGGGUUUAGAUCUCUGUGCUCUCCUCUCACGGAAUGCAUGGAGGCAAUCUCGGAGGUGGAGGAGGGCAACCUCAGGGUAGAGGUCCGAAGGGCUCGCAUGGCUAUUGUUUCCCCCCUCUACAUUCAUCAUCUCCAUGUCACAUUGGAGGCUCAAGGUUGUAGGUUGAAACUCAUCGAGAAUGCCGCCGCCUCGAUCCCGCUGGAGCUGCUGGCCGACAUCCACGACCGUCUGUGCUUCCUCGACCGCAUCGCCUUCGCCGCGGCCUUGAGCGCAUCCUGCGAUGACGGGGUCUUGUUCAGGGCUUCAGGCCGUACGCGCCAUGGCUCCUCCUGCCCGGCAAGACCACGCAGACCGUCGAGCUCUUCUUCGUCGCGGACCGGCGCGCGCCCCUUACCCCGCGCUUCGCGACCACUCCCGCGGGUGGGUCGCCACGGCCGACGACCGGGGCCAGAUCUUCUACGUUGUCAACCCCGCCAGGUACCGGCGAGCAGCACGCGCUCCCGCACAUCGCCGCCGUCGAGCCUUCCAUUCCGUGAGAGCAGCAAGGGUGGAUCUGAUUUGAAUUACACUGCCCCUUGAAUUAUAGAUAGACAGGUCCAACGUUUUUUUGCUUAUGACCGCCGGCAGAUUCAAGCUGAAUAACUUGUACGCUUCUUUCUCAGCGCUUGGGAGUGACGAGAUGGCAUGGUCGUUUCGGGAGGGACUGAUGGAACUGUUGCAACCUAUCUUUCUCACUU